AUGCAAGCAUUUGUUCCAAGGUCAUACCUGACCCCGGUGAGGGAUGAAGAAGCAGAGUCUCAGAGGAAAGCGAAGUCUCGUCAUGCCAGACAGACCCGGAGGUCAACACAGGGCGUGACUCUGACAGACCUUAAAGAGGCUCAGAAGACCACCGGAGCGUCUCCAGCUGAGAGACAGACAGAGGAAGGGAUCUGUCUGAGGAAAGGCUCUUCCGAUGACAGGAGGGUCAGAAUCAGCCCGACAGAAUCCACAGGGACAGAGAUCAGCACGAAAUGGAGCAAAAUGGACGAUCAGGGAAACAUUGAACCCAGGUUAGAAGCCGUCGCUGAGUCUCCAGUACCAAACCUUCCAUACUCGUCUGUUGCUGGAUCCUGUGGCCUGCUCAGCAACACCUCAUUCAGAGCGGGUGAGAGGAUGUGGAGAGAUGAAAAUCAGAACCCUGUUGAAACGGCAGCAGAGAUGACCUUUGCUGCAACGCUGCAACAGAAACGACAUUUCUGUGAGCGUUCAGAAUACAACACUGCAGAGCAUGAACGACUGUCACGAUACGACUCCAGUGGGGAGAGUGUAACAGACAAACCAUUGGGCCGAACCAGCUCUUACACUCGGAGAGAGACGAGGCUGGCUGCUCUGAACAGAGCAGAGCAAGACCCCACUACCAAAGACUAUAAGAAGAUGUAUGCAGAGGCAUUGCAUGAGAAUGAUAAACUCAAGUCCAGGUUGCAGGACAGCAAACAGGAACUGGUGAAGAUACGUUCCCAGCUGGACAAAGUCACUCAGAGGCACGACAGAAUAUCAGAGAGAUCUACAGCGGUCGAAUCUGAGAAAAGGGAAAAACAAGCUCUUGAGAAAAGAGUGUCAAACAUGGAGGAUGAGAUAAAGGCGUUCCCUCCUCUGGCUCAGGCCAAGACCCUGCGGAGGGUGAACGAGUGUCUCCUGGCUGAGAAUAAAGCAAUGCUGCGCGUCCUCGCCCGCCUCUCUGAGACGGCCUCCAUGCCGGAGACAGAGGACCUCUGAUCCCCUGACAUCAUCCUUUCUCCCCCUCCUCUCCCUUCUCAGCCACAUAACGUCUACACUCCCCUCUCCUUCUGGUGCCUCUACAGCCCCUUCUCGUCCUCUGCUGUGUUCCUCUCAG